AUGAAGACAUUCGUUGCUCUUGGGGCCCUGGCAGCUCUGUGCCACUCCGUUUUCGGUCUUGACCAGGGGUUUUAUACGAUCGGGUCCGCAAGUCUUCAAAGCAACAAGUUUCUGAAUGUAAACGAAGAGGAUGGGACAUCCCUGAUAUUUUCUCUCAACAACGACGAAUAUGGAAGCCAAGCCUGGUACUUCAAUCUCCUUGAAUCCGGCAAUGGGCGUGAAUUCUUCAUCAACAGUACUCUUAGUGCUGGUUAUAUCAACUGUGGAGAACAAAUUAAAUCUCCUUGUUUCUUGGGAGACGAGCCACAGAUUUUCGUCGCUGAGCUAGCUGGUGAAAAAAGUUAUGAGCUUGUUUCAAAGGAAAGCGGAUACUUCUUGCGCGCUGAUGUUGAGAAUCUCCAAACCGCUGAAUGGGACCAGAGCCCCAAUGAGCUAUUUGUGUUGACUCCAGUUGAUACUUAG